AUGCAAAAAUUUGUCGGCUGCAUAUGCAUUUCAUAUCAACAUCUUAAAAUCAUAAAAUUAGACUUUCAUAAACUUUCAGCAUUGAAAUUUCUAAAAUUCCUUUAUUUUCAGCUAUCCAGUCUCCUAAUUGUCGUGUUUUUAACUGAUGGUCAUUUACAGUGGUUUUUUUACUCCGUUGCACUUUUUUGCUGCAUUGCACUCUUAAUCAUUUCUUUUUUAACAAUAAUUGAACUAUUCUUCAACUUUUUCGCAGUUUUUCUUUGUGUUUUACUCACAGGUAUUUUCAUUUAUGAUGUAAUCAGCAUGUUAUCAGGCAGUUUCAAUCAUCAUAAAUAUAUGCCUCCGAUAAAUAUCGGUCGAGAUGGCUGGCGAAAUCGCAUGAUUAUUUGUUCGGUUAUAGUUUUUCUUCUUCAUAUUGAAAAAAAAAACUUGCUUAGCCUUUUCUUAAUUUAUUAUUACAAUUUUUUGCUGGUGCUUCCUCUGUUUUAUUUUUAUUCGAUCAAACUGAUUACUGCGCCAUCUUAUCCAAAAUCUUGUGCUUCAGAACUAUGGUGA